AUGGUUGGGGCUGUAGCUGCAGGAUUGGCAAUGAAAUUAACAAUAACAUUCGAAACUUAAAAACUAGAUAAUUUUUCCGAUAGUAUUAAAAUAGUUUCUGAUGGAGGAUAUGAAAAAAUAGUUUUACUACAUGCUUAUAUGUCUUAAGGCUAUAUAUUAUUUGAACCUUUUAUAAAUUUUGGGUUUGUAAAUGUUGGAAAAGAGAAAAGAGAAGAAAUUUUAUUUAAAAAUGAAGGAAAUAGUGAAUGUAAAAUAGAACUUAAGACAAAUGAUGUUCAAGAUCUAAAAAUUUUAAACCAUAGUUUUAUAAUAAAAUCAGGAGAAUAAUAAAGUGUUGGAGUGAUUUUUUUUGGAAGAGACAGUGGAAUGUACAAGGGAUAUAUUAAUGUAGUUACUGAUGGACAUGUAUUUUAAAAAUAAAUUGAGGUUAAUGCUACUUCAGUAAAAUUUAUGAAGUUUAUUAUUGAUUAAACUGGUUUAGAUGUUACAUCUUUUGACUUCGGUACUUUCUAUUAUGGAAUGAAAAAAUAAAUUGUUGGAUAUUUGGUUAAUAAUACACCUAAAAAAUACAAAUUCAAAACUAGAUUUAGAUAAGGUAUUCUCUAUAAUCUUGAUGAUAUGGCUAAUAUUUAACCUCCUAAUGUAUUUGGUAGAGAAUUAACUGAAAGAAUUAUGAGUUGUGAGCCUUCAGAGGGUAUUAUUGAUAGUUAUAGUUAGGUUCAAUUAUUAUUUACUUGCUUAUCUAAAGUUGAUUAUAAUAGUUAAGUUUGGGUCGAUAAAUAUUGUAUUGAUAAAGAUGAAGAAAUGAUUCCAAAAAUUUAAGACUUUGCUUAUUCUGCUAUGUUUGAUUUUGAAGGUGAAUAAUUAGAUUCUAUUAUUGUUCAUUUGACUGGCAGAGGUAUAUGUCCUAUGGUUAAAAUUGAUUAAUAGAUAGUCUAAUUUGGAGAUUGUAAAGUUUUUGAACAUAAAACUUUACCUUUAUGUAUAUAAAAUAGAAAUAAUUAGAUUCCAGUAGAUAUAUAAUUAAAUACGAUUCCGGGAUUUUAAUUUGAGCCUAAAGAAAUGGUAUUGAAACCAGGAGAGAAAAUUAAUGUAUUAGCUACCUUUAGACCAAGAAACAUUGGCUAAUUUAAACAAAAACUAUAAGUCUUAUUAAUAAAUAGGUCUUAUUCUUUAAGAGUUAAAUUGAUAGGUGAAGCUACUGAAAUAAGUAAACUUUCAGCUAGUUUUAAAAGAGGGCCUGAAGGACUUCCAGAAGAUUUUUAAUUAUAAAAAUCAUUAGAAAGCUAACCAGAAAAAAAAUAGCGAGAUGAACAUUCAAUGGUGUCUAUAUAUCCAAAAUAUCUUGAAUCUAUUAUAACCGAAGAAACUUAAAUGAAUAAGAUAGAAGAAUUAGUUAAAAGCUUCGAAAAUAAACAUAAAUAUAAUAAUGAAUUAAAGGAAUAAAGAUAAGAAAGGUUAAAGAAAGAAAAAAAAUAAAUAGUUUAAUAAAAAUUCAACUAGAUUAAAUAAAAAUUAAAAGAAAUGGGUUAUGAUAGCCUCUAGCAAGCAUAAAAUAAAGAUUAAAAAGAUAAUAAUUCAAAAUUUAAUACUUUAGAAGCUUUCAAAGAUGCUCCUGUAGAUUUCGAAUAUGAAGUAGGAAUGGUAAAUGCUUGCAUUGAUGUUCCUUAUUUGCCUCUACCUGAGGCUUAAGAAAGUCUUUUUGUGACAAAACCUAUAGACAAUUAUGAGCCUUAUAAACAAGAUGAGAAAACAGGUUAUUUUGAAGCAAAUCCAAAUGUCCAUAUAAAGAAGAAAUUUACAGGCGAACCCAAAAACCAUUCAGAAAUUCGAGAAAUAUCAAAAUAGUUGAAUGGAGAAGAACUAUAAAAAAUAUUCGCAGGGCCAGUAGAAAUAGACUUUAAAAACGUUUACGUAAAUUCUGAAGUAGUUAAAACUUUUAAAGUAAGAAACGAUUUGAGAACUUCUAUAUCUGUAAAAUUAGAAACUAAUAAAACAGAAUUGAAAAAAACUUAUUAAAAAACUUAAAUUAUUCCUAGUGGUUAAGUCGCAGGAUUUGAAAUCGUUUUGAAUUCUAAAAAUAUAGGAGCAUUUAGAACUAAUGUUAGAUAUACUAUUAAUGAUAAGCAUAAGUUCGAAAUUUAAAUUUUUGCUAACAUUGAAUUAGUUAAAUUAGAAUUAUCUAAAAACCUUCUUAGAAUGUCAUUUUCAGACGAUAACAUAGAAAUGGAUACUAAAGAAAUUAUAUAACUUACUAAUAAUGGUAAUGCAACAGGUACUUUUAACUGGUUUACAAAUAACUCCAAGAAUUUUCUUAUAAAACCUAUGUAAGGGUAGGUUUAAGCUGGAUCUUUUAUUCCGCUAUAAGUAACUUAUAAGCCUUCAACUUUAACAUCAGGAAGUUAUAAUGCCAUUUCAAUGAAUAAUAUUGUUUUGCCUCAAAACACUAAUAAUACUACAAAUACUGUUAAUAAUGGGAGUGGAGGAACAUAGAAUAUUACAAGAACAGAAGAAGAAAAACUUAUUUUAAGAGUUGUUGAUGGAAUGGAAUAAUAGCUUAAAUGUAUUGGAACGUUUAUUGAAUAAAAAUGUGUUCUCAAAUAGUCUUCUGUUGACCUUUAGGAAAUAUCGGUUGCAAAAGUUAUAUAAACAAGUUUUUAAAUAAAGAACAAUUCACGAUAACCUGCUGUAUAUUUUAUUGAUCAAAGCAAACUACCUAAAGGAUUAGAAAUAUUAAAUUUCAAAGGAAAAAUAGGAUGUGAUGAAAGUAAAGUUAUAAAUAUAAAAUUUUGUUCUUUUGUUCCUUGUGAAGUAAAAUAUGAUAUUUAUAUAUAAAUAAGGGGUGGAAAAACAUUAAAAUUACCUUUUUAAGUAACUGUAAUUAUACCAAACGUUUAAAUCGAAGAGCCUGUCUUUAAUUUCGGCAAUAUCACAACAUUGGGAAAUCCAGGUGUUUUACCUUUUACUUUAAAAAAUUAUACAGAUAUUCCAGUAGAACUUAUUAUCGAUAUAAGAAACAAAGGCGAUGAUAGUGAAGAAAGCGAAGGAAUUGACUGUCUAAAAAUUAAUACUUUAGAUGAAGAAGGUGACGAAAGUAUUUUACAUUCAAUACAUGAAGAUUUAAAUUAGAGCUUUGAAUAAAAUUUAAAUACUAAUUAACAACAAAAUUAAUAAUUACUUAAAUAAAAUUUAGAGGAUUUAGAUGAUGAUCAAUCCGCAGCUGAAUGUUAAGAAAAAGAAGAAAACGAAGAAGAAAACCAUGAUUAAAAAUCAAGAUAUUUUUCAUUAUGUUUAAAAGGUUAAUAAUAACUAAAUUUCCAGCUUAAGUUUUCACCUAAGAAUUUCAAACCAUACAAAUUCAUAUUUCCUAUAUAAAUAAAGAAUUACGGAACUAUUGAAAGCAUAAAAAGAUUUAUUAUAUGUAAAGGCUUAAAACCUAAAUUCUUAAUAGACCCUUAAAUAGUAGAUUUUGGAAAAAAAAUAAUUACAAGUAUAGAUAAAUAAACUUGUUCAAUAAAGUCUCUUUCAUUUUCAAAUCCAGACAAGAAUCGUGUAAAAUGGAGAAUCGAUCCGACCGUUUUAUCAUAAAAAAUAUUUGAAAUAAGGCCUGAAAGUGGAGAAGUAGGUCCUGGUGAAUAAAAAAUUCCUUUAUUUAUCGAUGAUCCAGAAAUUAAAACUAAUUCUUCUUAUGUUGAUAUUAUACUUAAAGGAGAAGGAGCUUUCCCAAAACUACUUUUUGAUAGAAAAGAAGUCAUUAUGCCUGUUGUUCCACUUAAUAUUUAUUCUAGAUGUGCUUUUAAAAUUAUUAAUAGUGGAUAUGAUAAUCUAAACUUAAAAUAUAAACUAGUUGAUGAACCUCCAAAAGGAGUUAAUAUUAAUAUCGAAUUUCCUGAAGGAAAAAAUCUAGGAAUCGCUAAGACUAGAUUAAAAGUGAAUGUUUCUUUUAUAAGCAAGAAAAGUAUUUCUUUUUCUACUAAAGUUGAAUUUUAAGACGAUUAAGAUAGAAUUUAUGAAAUAAUUAUAAGUGGAACUGCUGAUAAUUGUUUAUUUACAAAUUUCACUUAUAUGCAAAGAUGCCCAGGUGAAUUUAAAUUUAACUUAGAACAUAAUAAGUCGCCUUUAACUUUAUUAGAAUACGAUAUAAACGAUAACAUUGACUCGUUUCCUAAUAGUAUUAUUGAAUAGCAUGGUGCUUUUAAGGCUAAUAUUGAAGCUCAUACUAAAAGAGCUGUGAAAGUGGAAAGGCUAUAUAAAUAAUAUGAUGAUAUUAUAAAAAUUCUAAAAUAAGAUGGAGCUUUGCUUAAUCACAUAAGGCCUGAAUAUUUAUUAGUCUAUACUGAUUACUUGUUCUAUAUGAAAAAUUUACCAAACUAAAACAAGUAAUUAAUUGCUCCUUCCGCAUUAAAACUUUCAAGUUAAAUUUUUUAAUAUAUUUCAAUCGAUGCUUGGACUCAUAUGAUCUAUUAAAUUUUAAAAGUCUAUUAUUUGCAAAGAAUUAAUCCAAAAAUGUACAAGUCAAUUUAAGGAAUUCCUCCAGAGAAAAUUAGUAUCCCUGAAUAUAUUGAUGGAAGCAAUUUUAUUUCCUAAAGUGAAGCUUUAUUGAUACAUUGGUUCGAAACUCAUCACGAAAUUAUAAAUCCGAUCUAAAUUAGAAGAAUUAGAAAUUUCGAUGAAGACUUUUAAGAUGGAAGUGUUUUCGCUUCCGCAAUUCAAUCACAUAUAGGAGAAAACUCAUAUUAGCUAUUUAAAAAAUUCAAAUAAAGUUGUGGAAGUGAAUAAGAAAUUAUUUAUAAUGCUGAAAAAUUAAUUUUAGCAUUAAAUAAUAUAGGAAUGAAAACACAUUUAGUUGUAAAAGAUUUCUAACGCCCAUAAAUGUAAGAAAUGUUAAUUAUCGGUUUAUAAUUAUUUAAUGCUUUACCUCAUUACAUACCUAAAGAAUAAGUUGUCAUUUUCUAAUGUGUGUUAGGAUAAGAAGUGAUAAAAACAAUAACGUUAACAAAUAAAACAAAAAAACAGGUAAGCUAUUGGGUUAAUUUAGAGUAAUAAGAUAAUGACUUUUCUUUAGAAAACGAAGAUAAUUUUGUUAUCGAGCCUGAUGGAGUUGUGAAUUUUAAAAUAAAGUUCGUUUCUAGAAUUUCUGAAAGUGUUUCUGCCAGAAUAAGAUUUACAAACAAAAAAGAAAGCAAUGUAUGCGCUGCUGCUUUAGUUUUUGAACUAAAAUCAUAGAUUAUAGGUAGAAACUCUGACGAAAUCUGGAAAAUGACUAGCAAUUUAUAUGAACCUUAGGAAAAACUUUUAAGUAUUACUAAUAAAUUUACUAAAAGUGAAAAGGCAGAAUUUUAAAUUACUAUAAUUUAAGAAAAAUUCAAAUAAAAUGACUCCAAAAAAAAGAAAAAUUAAACUAAAAAAGAUUAAAAUGAAUCCCAUAUGACUUAAUUACUUCCUGCGGAAAAUAACGAUAUAUUUACUACUUUUUUUACCACCAAAACUACUAUUAAAAUCGGAAAAUUAUAAACAGUAAUUUUACCUGUUACUUUUUUGCCUUUACAAAUGGAAACUUAAAAAUGUUAUAUUAUUUUUAGAGAUCCUUUAGUAGGUGAAUUUCAACAUGAAAUUAUUGGCACUGUAGAAAUGCCAAAUAUAUAAACUGACACAAUAAAAUUUCCUCUUACAAAUAUGAAAACAUUAUAUGUGGAUGAAAAUGCAGUAUAAGAAUUGGAAAUUCCUUUUUAAAAUGAAUCAUAAAUACGUGCCAGAAAACAAGUGUAAGCAUUUUAUAUGGAAAAAAAUAGGGAAAAAUUAAUGAAAUAAAACUAAAAUUAUUGUAAUAUAGCAGAUAAAUAGACUUAUUUAGCUAUGGAAAAAUUGUAAUUCCCAGGCGGUUCACCUGACUUAAUUUAGUUUGAAGUUGAAAUAAUUCCUUCAGCUUCUUUUGUAACAUGUGGUAAUUAAUUUAGCUUAUAUAAUCCAAAUAAACUAAUAAAAAAAACCAAUGAUUAGUAAUUUACUUCUAAUAAAUUGGCUCUUAAUUUUCUCUUUAGAUAGCCUGUUAAGGAAUAUAAAUUCCUUUUAGUUCUUAAAAAUGCACAAAAAACUGAUAUUAGACGCUACAAAUGUGAAGUUAAUGUCAAUCCAAGACCAAUAAAAGCCUUCAUAGAGUUUAAAGUACCAGCUAGGCUUUCAGUAUCUUAAGAAAUUCCUUUAGUAAAUAGUACUGAAAGGGAAUGGAAUCUAAAAGUGGGAUUUAAUGAAGAAAACUAAGGUAAGAAUGCUCAAUUAUUUUAAAUUCCUCCAAUUAAAGAAUUUGUUGUCAAAAAAAAAUCAACAGGAAUAUUCCUUGUAACUUUUAGUCCUAAAUGGAUAUGUUAAGCAUUUUCAAAAUUAACAUUUUUUAACCCAAAUACAAAUGAUUUCAUUGAAUAUGAACUUAAAGGUAUUGGGGAAGAGCCAGUAGCAGAAGAACAUAUAAUAAUAAAUUGUAAAGCAAAACAGAAAACAAAGAAAGAAAUUGUAAUUAAAAAUCCUUACACUGACCGUGAGGUUACAUACAAAGUCGAAACAGAUCUUAUUAAUACAUCAGGACCUUCUACAAUAAAUAUUAAACCUGGAAAAACUACUUAAUAUGCGUUUACUAUACAUCCUGUUCUAAGUGGAUAGUUUACUGGUUCAAUUACAUUUUAUGAAAAUGAAUAAAAUUAUUUGUGGUAUACUGUCCUUUUAAAUACUGAAAUACCAAAAUGUGAAAAAAUAAUUGACCUAACUACUUUUAUAAGGCAAGCCGUAACAUUCGAUAUUGAGAUAUAUAAUAAUUUACCUUAAUAAGCUAUUUUUGAUGUUGUUAUUAAUGGGGAUACACUUUUUGGUAAUCAAUAUUUAUAAAUAGAAGCUAAGUAAACAGCAAAAUAUUCCCUUUUAUAUUAACCUAAUAUAGUGGGUAGAAGUAAAGGAUCAAUAGCUUUUAUAAAUGAAAACUUAGGUGAAAUCUGGUAUGAACUAAGUCUAAAUUGUGAAGAACAACCUCCUCAAAGACUUAAUUUACUAAAAAGUGAAUUAGGGAAAUUUUCAAAGCAUUAAAUUUUUCUAGAAAAUCACACUUAAUAGGAAAUUUAGGCAACCUAUACAAUUAGUAAUGUUACUAAUUUCUAGAUUUCUCCUGAAAAUAUUGUUUUAAAACCUUUAUAAGAAAAUAUGAUUGAAAUUAUUUAUAUGCCAUCUAAUUUAGAAAUUAUUGAAAGUGCAGAAAUUAUAAUUUCUACUAAAAAUAUAGGAAAAUGGUAAUAUUUGGUUUUCGGAUAAGGUAUUCCCCCAACUAAAUUUGAACCUUUAUUGGUUUCUAUAGGAAUUAACAAAUAUUUUUCUUCGACAGUUCAUUUCAAGAAUCCUUUUAAAGAUACAAUAAAUGUUAAUGUAAGUUUAGAAGCAAAAGAUGAAAGCUAAAAUGUGUUCAAAUUAAUACAAAAAACUAAAAAAAAUUAAAAAUAAUUAACAGUAGCAGGAAUGAAUAUAGCCCAAAUUCCAUUUUCAUUUAUUCCAAGAGAAAUAAACACUUAUGAAUGUGAAAUUAUAGUAUCAAUGAAUGAAAAAAUAGAAUGGAGAUUUCCAAUUAUAGGAAUAACCGAAAAUGUAAUAAAUUAAGUAAUUCACCAUUUUAAAACUUAGUGUAGAGAAUCUUGUGAAGAAGAAUUAAAAAUAACACUUCCUUCUGUAAUUUAUAAAUAAAUGUUAUUUUAUUUUAUUUUAUUUUAAAAAUAGAUUAAUUAAUAAGUAAAUUAAAGCGAUAUUUUUGAUUAUGAACUAGAUGGAAUUCCUCCUGAAUAAAAUAAACUUGUUAGAUAAAGUGUAUUUAUUAAAACUUACAAAAAUAGUAUUUCUUCUCCAGAUGAUCAUCUUAUUUUUAAUUGUAAAUUUUCUCCUUUAAAACCAUUUAAGGAAACUAUAGAAUUCAAUAUAAUAAGAUAAUUGGGAGGAAAAUGGAAAUUUAAACUCUUAUUUGAAGCUAUAGAACCUAAAGAAGAUGAUACAAUUUAUAUAAGUUCCGAAUUACAAAAAACUACAAGUGUUUAAUUCAAACUUACAAAUAAAUCGAAAACAUUUACUCCAUUUAAAGCUUAUUUUACUCCUUCUUCUGACUCAGAGUUUACUGUUAGACCUAAAGAAGGAGAAUUGGAAUCAUAUGGAAGGGAAGGAACAAAUUUCGUAAUUACUUAUACGCCUAUCGAAUAUGGAAAAUAGAGUAAUGGUAAACUUAUUAUAGAGACAGAAGAAAUGAUAUGGUCUUAUAUCGUUAAAGGUAAUUUACCUAAAUACUUUCCUCCAGUAGCAGAUGCGAGUAUCAUUGAUAAUAAAAUAGGGAAUGAAAUUUUAUAAAAAAGUCUAUAUAACAAUGCUAUUAAUUAAUCUAAAAAUUUUAUGGCCGAAAAUAUAAACAAAGCUAAAAAUAUGAGUCCUGUUAAAACAUAAUAAUUAAAAAAUUAACUUUCUUAAUAAAUUAGAGAUAAAAAAUAUUGA